UGCCAGAUUUUUUUUUUUUUUUUUUGAAUGGAGACUUCAAAGGCUGCGCAAAGCGCCGCUGCUAGCAGUGACAUCACACCACGGCGGUUAGAACCCACAAACCCGGACAGGUGACACACACCUGUGCCCGGAAAGCCAAUUUUAUCCCUAUUUAAAGCAUAAAUAAGCCAGGAAAAUGGCCAGCGCGGAAAUGUUUGUUCUCGCGAGAGAAAAAAAAAGAGAAAAAUAUUCAAAAUAAACAAAUAGAGCAAUGUGUUUUUCUCCGUAAUUUUACACAAUGCUGCUGCGCUCAGAUACUACAACCACCAUCAAGCUAGCGGAAAAAAACAAGCCUUCAAAAAUACCCUUUCAAAAUAAAAUAUUUUUAAAAACAGAGCCUGUCGCCUUCUCGGCGCCUUAUUUGCUAAACAUUAUUGUACAGCCUCGUGAGACGUUAAACAUAUUCACUGCACAUCCCGCAUGAACCCGCACCUGGAGCGAAUGACCGGUAAAUUAGCUCACUUCCGGUCCAUUUGUGCUGAGUUUAGGUGGACUUGCGCAGCUCAGCGCCUCCUCCUCUUUCUCACAGACAAUGAAUGAAGCCAGUUUCAGGUUCGGACACAAAUACCAGGUGAGCGGCAUCACCUCGGCACGUUUGCAAAAGGAAAAGACACACCAGCCCUGAGAUGACAGAAGUGGAGCCCGUGCUGGAUUUCGCCUCCUCGGGACGCUCUGGGAGGAGGAACGCUCUGCCGGACAUCCUGGGGUCUCCGGCCGGUGUGAACCCCGGAGACCUCCCCCUGAAACUGGCUGAGCUUUCCCUCAAAGAUGGUCCGGGAGGAGUUCAGUCUCCCACGGCAGAGGAGCCUCCGGCACCGCCGGAGGGCUCGGAGGAGACCGGGGGGUCGUAAGGACGCGUCCGUUUCUUUCCCCCGAAGACCUGCAGAGAUAACCUGAGGAGCGAGGUGAAGAGCAAGGAUCUUCAGAGAUCCCGUCUGUUUUGGAAGCAGCCAAACAACGGAGUGACGAAGCGACUCCAGAAGGACCGGAGCCAACCCCCACCCCCAACUCCAAACCUGUGUAGAGGACCCCUGCAGCCUCUGUGGACACAACAGAA